AUCGGUCGGGUGCGGAUGGCCUUCGAGGACCGCGUCGCGGCGGAGGCGGCGGCGUGCAGCUCGUCGUCGCUGGGGAAGGACAGCGACGAGGGGCCGUCUCCGGCGGGGAAGGACGACGGGGAGGAGGAGGUGCAGAGCGCGUACGGCGGGGCGGGGCUCGCCGGGCUCGGCGCAUUGGAGGAGGCGCUUCCCAUCCGGCGUGGCAUCUCUCAGUUCUACAAUGGCAAGUCAAGAUCUUUCACAAUCCUCAAGGAUGCUAUUGGGCCAUCUGGUUCUGCAAAGGUCAUCGCCAAGGCAGACAAUGCUUACACCAGGAAACGGAAAAUCCUUCUCGCGCACAGCAUCAUGUACGAUAAAUCACAGACCACAGCACCUGAAACAUAUGAAAAUGGCUUCCCCAAGAGGAUUGCCAGUUUAAGCAGGCUGAGGCCCUUGGACAGUAUUAGCCCCAACAGCAGCUGCAGCAGCCUCAGCAGUGACGAAAACGAGCUGCCUCAGCAGUCCAUCUUUUUUCAGUCACCUGAUCACACUUCACAUUGUGCUUCUCCAGCAAUGCCCGCACCUUGGCUUGGUUUUUGCGCGCCUAAGCCAUUGCCUGUGCCCGUGCCCAUGAGGUCGUUUUCGAUGAUGAACCUGCACCGUUUGCAUAGGCGUUGCUCAUCUGUUCGCCUGAAAGAAGAGCCAAAGGCUGAUUAACAAGCAACUCACAGACAUUCCAUUUUUUCGUGUCUUGUUUUGUUUGUUUGUUCUGGGGGGCAGUAUACCUCAUCUCUCCUUUUGUAACCUAAGGUUGCUUUUGGAGGUGCUUGCAUAAAUAAGAGGGAGUAAGCAUGGUGGCUGUAUUGCGUGUAACAUAGCAUGUUUGAUGAUGUGUAAAUUAACAUAAUAUGUUAAUAUCAAAAUGCCUCGGUUGGUUUUAUUUCGGUCA